AAUAAUAAUAUAAAAACAACACUGUAAACACUAUUAGCAACCUGAAUUGCGUGAACACGACGCAGACGUGCACAGCUGUGUGUGAAAGCAGCGCGAAAUGGAAUUGUUGCACGUAGCACAAUAAAGUGGCAACCACACGGCAACAACAAUAACAACAACAACAGCAGCAGUGAUGCGCUAAGGCGCAUGCAUGGCGAAACGCUAGAGAGUGAGAGAAAUCAAAGUGUACAUUAUUAUUUGAUCUGUUGAGAGCAGCAGCAGUGCGAACGCAAAGCGGAAACAAAAGCAGAUACCAAGAUAAUUUUCUUUUAAAAUAAAAAACUUCAUAUGCAGCAGCAGCAAUUGGAAUUAUAAACCAGCUUAAAAAUGGACAGCAGCGACGACGACGAUAGCGGCAAUUCCAUACCGCGUCCGAUUUAUGAAGCCACAGGCGCCAUAGACAGCCCGCGUCCAGUGCAGCAUGAGUUAGGCCCUGAUGAGAAAGAACCAUUGUCAAACAAGCACUUGAAAUAUGUGGUCAGCUCGCCACCAAGUUCUGCCACUGGCAGCAACUCCAGCAUCUCCAACUCAUCAUCAUCCUGGCCAGCAACAUCAUCUUCCUCAGCCUCGCCGCUGACCAUGAAACUAACGAAGGUGCCACAAACACAGACCAGCGAAGCCAAGCCUGUCAAAAAACCCGACAACCAGAAAAUGCGCGUGCCCAAGGAGAUACUAGCACUGCAGCGCUCGCAUAUUGAGUCCAAAGUGCUUCAAGCCUAUGUCAGUGAUGCCUUCAGGCUAAAGCGGCGCAAAUCACGUGUUGCAGCUGUGCAGCUUAUCAAACAGUCGGUGACUGGUGGACUCUCCACCACAUUACCCUCGAGCUCCAAAACAGCCAAUAGUAACAAGAUGAAAUUGAAGCGUAGUAAGAGCAUUGCAGCAUCUCCUUGGGAUUCGAAUAAGGACUGGCAGUCGGAGACAGAAAGUACUGAAGGCAUAGGCAAGUGUUUGAGAAGACGCAAUCGUUCAGAGUGUGAUGAUACAGCGAGCUUAAUGGAUUUCGACACUAAAUUCAACGCAACGGAUACCGAAAGGAAGGCGAGUCCAGAAUUGCAUGAACGCUCUCGUUCACGUAGCAAGAGUGUGCCACGACGCAGCUUGCGCUCCGAGAAUGACGGUGCAGAUUGGCGCACCAGCACAACGUUGGAUAUAGAUACCAGCAUGUCCAUGAUUUCCGAUGCCAGCGAGCCCAGGAAUACCUCCAGCACUGCAACAGCUGAGGAUGAACUAGAGCAGCACUUAAGCACGAUCUGGCAAGCGCCGCCUAAGGCUGGCUGGGAUCCUUUUUGCUGGAAAUGCUGCUAUGGUGGCGAGCUGAUGCCUUGCUCCAAAUGCGUGCGCUCCUAUCAUUCGUUCUGCGUGCGUCCAGCCAACAUUAAGUUUGAAGCCUGGAAGUGUCCCGAAUGUCAGCUAAUCGAGAAUUCGCCCAAGCGUCCGCGUCGCAAUGAGGUAUCCGUGGAUAUGCUGCGUCCAUUGCUCGCCUUUGCGCUCGAUCGCAUGAAACUUGUGCGCGGGGUUUACAAGCUGCGUGCUCCUCAGGAUAUUUUGCCAGAGACUUAUGGCAAGUAUUUUGUCAACCCGGUGAGUUUUGAAAGUCUAACGGAGCGCAUCAAAUCACGCGCAUUUCAUAGUACGGAUGAGUUUCUGGGCGAAGUAAAGUGGAUGCAGCACAAUGCGCAGCUCUUGCAAAGUGAUACAAUAAAAGCCGAACAAACCGCCAAGGCUAUAGUGAAGGUAUGCCGCCAAGAGGUCAACGAGAUUGAAACCUGCCCUGAAUGCUAUAUGAAUGCCAAUUCAUGCGAUGACUGGUUCGUCAGGGUGUGCACACAACCUCAUCUAUUGGUAUGGGCCAAGCUUAAAGGAUUUCCCUACUGGCCUGCCAAGGCAAUGAGCGCUGGUCCCAAUGCUGUGGUUAAUGUGCGCUUCUUUGGCAAACACGAUCGCGCUAAUGUGCCAGUUAAGGACUGUUUUCUGUACUCUUCCAAGGAUCCAAAUACGCAGACUAGCCGACGCUCGGCACGCGACUUAAUUGAAUGCAUAGGCGAGGUGGAAGUGCAUAUAGAGAAUAUCAAGCGGAAAAUAGGCAAUUUUAAUUACGCGCCCUAUCGUACACUCUACGAUCCGCUCGAGGAAGAUCAACAGCUGGAAUUGAUGAUGCCUGGCGUGCUGAACGGACUCAACAGGCCCGAAGCGAAGCCGGAGCCGACCAAUAAGACACCGCUGCAGAUUCUCAUACGCAGAACCGCCGACGAUAAGCUGGCUAUUGUGAACAAGACCAAGAGCACAGAAACGGGCAACGAAUCCGAUCACUCAUUGAGUCCUGUGAAAAAGGCGCCCAGCGAUACAGAGACCACCACCAGUGAGCACGCCAAGCCCAAGAAUAGCAACAACUAUGAAGUUAUAGCAAGACCAGGCGAUGGUUUGCGAGAAUCACGCAUUUGCACCGUGGUGCUAAAACGCAAGCACAUAGAUCCAGUGCCAGAGGCAGCGAGCUGCAGCAAGCGCAAUCGUUCGGAGAGCGACGGCAGCAGCGAAGGGAGCCAACAGAAUGAGCAAAGCCAGAAGUCAGAGCCAGAGCACAAACACAAACAUAAUGAGCAAAGCCAGAAGACAGAGGCGACGCACAAGCGACGAAGCGAAGCGAGCCAACAUAAUGAGCAAAGCCAGAAGACAGAUCCGGAGCACAAACGACGUUCCAAGAGCGCCAAGAAACAAGCGCAUGAACAAGCAAACCCAGUUGAGGAGGCGGCCCAAAGUCCCCAAAAGCAACAGCAACCAAUGAAACAGGAAGCUGCAGUAGAAACAAACUCAGCGGUAGUGUCUGUAGUGGAGCUGGUUAAAAGACGGCAUGGAGUUACCAUAACUAAGUUACCAAGGGAGCAACAACAGCAGCCGCCGCAGCAGCAACAACAAUCGCAACAACAGCAGCAGCAACAAUCGCAACAACAGGAGCAACAGCGGCAGCAGCAACAACAACUACAGAGGCAGCAGCAGGAAGAGCGAGAGCAGCAGGUGCAAAAGGAACGAGAGCAGCUACUGCAGGAAGAACGAGAGCAGCAACUGCAGAAAGAACGAGAGCAGCAGCAACAAAAACUACAGCAGCAACAAAAAGAACAACAGCAGGAAGAAGAGCAACAGGAGCUGCUUAAUGCAAAGCCAACUGAGCCGAUGGUCGCGGAGUCAGUUACGCCGGCAGCAAUCGUUGAGACAUUAGCCAAGUUGGCUAUGGAGCGACAGCAACAGCAACUGAUUAGUAAGGUGGUGCCAUUUAUGGAGAUUAAAAAGGAAGUGAUGUCAGAUGAAGAGGAAGAAGAGUUUACAACAAUAAAACCAACGCCGAGCAAAGAGUCAGAGCCUAGUCCUUCAACUUCUAAAUCAACAACAGUUACAACUGAAACACCUGAGGCGGAUAUGCAAAUAAAAGAAGAAGUGCUCAGUGAUGAGGAAGAGCAAACUGAAACUGAAACUAUUAGCAAGCCCGUGGCAUCCAGCAGCAUGUUGCCACCUUUGGUGCCUCAUCGAGCCGAGCUGCAACUCCCAUCGACUGCCACAACGCCUGCAGCACCCACAACAAUAACGCGCAUAACACUUGCUCCUCCAAGCAGUGAUCCCUAUGUGCGUUUUGCUCUGGGCGACACUACCAUACAACGACUGCAGACAAAAACAAUCCAUAAAGUGCCAGAGGCUGCGCCGCCACCCAAGCGCAGCUCGUUAAGAGGCGUGCCACAUGGUCCAUUGCCAGCAGCAGCGCAGUUGCCCGACAUGUCGGCGCCACUCUCGCCGCCGCACUCACCCCCACCAGCACCCUCAACUUCAGCCAAUGCCAUGGCUAACAGCUCCAACCACAAUCGCAGCAAUCGCACAUCACCCCAGCUAAGCAGCAAUGCGACCCAACAACGUGUCAGAGGCUUGCCCUGCCAGACUUCAAACUCACAGCUGCCACAGCUGCAAGCGCAUCCCGCAACUGAUUCCCAUCUGCUUGGAUCCAACAUGGUAGUUAUACCCCUGAUGCAGUGCAUUCCAGACAGCUCUAGCAACAGCAGCAGUAGCAAUAGCAGCAGCAGCAGCAGCAACAACAACUCCAAUCUCAUGACUGUGCCAGUGCCACCGCUGCGGGCUGUAUCCAAGAGCACCUUACAGGCACCCGCAUCCAGCGCAUCAAUGUCCUUGCCGGUGCUCAUGCCUGUGCCCGCCUUAACUCAAUUCUCGCUGCCGCCGCCAGCUACAGCAACAGUAACUAGAGCAACGCCAGUAACAGAGACGAGUAAUCUGCUGGCCAAUGCGCUCAAUGGUCGACAGCCGGAUGAACCGUUGCAGGAGAAACCUGCUGCUGCUCCAGCUCCUGCUCCUGCAGCAGAGUCUAAGCUGGCCACAGCAUUUAGUCAGCUCAUAACGCUCAGCGGACUUCCAAAGCUUACACCACGACCCGCUGGACCGCUGCAAUCCGAUGGCACUGGCAUUUAUCCUUUGCAGUCAGGACCACUCUCCAUACGCUUGCGCGACAAUGCACACAAAAUUGCAGACUACUUCAUCUCUGUCAUAGAGGAUACGAUGAGCGAUUUGGCAAGCGGUGAUCCCAAAGUAAUGGAGGCGCGCAUUGCUGGCCUCACGCUGGAGAACGAACGCAUGAAGCAGCACUAUGAACGCCAGCUAAGCGAUGUGAAACGCGCCGCAGAUCUGAUGCUCGCCGAGAUGCGAAAGAGUAUUGAGACGGAGAACAAGCGCUUGCUAAGCGAUUUGCGUCAACAAAGCACCAUGGAGCGCAUGCGUGCCAUCGAGGAGACCAAGAAGAAGCAAUGGUGUGCCAAUUGCCUGCGUGAGGCAACACUCUUCUGCUGCUGGAACACCUCCUACUGCGACUAUCCUUGCCAGCAGAUGCACUGGACAAGUCAUUCCGACAAGUGCGGUCAAAAGAAAACUACAUCCCCACCAGAUCUAACAACUGCCACACUCAGCUCACCACACCAGCUGCUGCCAGCGGCCGAGAGUCCGCGUUUCAGAUUAAAGAAUAGCAACAACAAUAGUAAUGGUGCCAGCGCCAGUACAAUGCAAGCGAUGACCAGACCACCAGCUGUCAGUGCUAUGAUGGGCAAAAAGUGGAUGCCGCAAUCAUUAAUCAUAGGCCCAGCACCACCAGCGCCGCCACCACCCAAUGCUGAAUUGCUCAAACUGCCCAGCAACACUUUCUUGCGUCCCGUUAGCUCCGUGCCCUCCACCAACACCAGCAACAAUGUUUCGGCGCACACUCUGAUGGCGCCCACAACCUCCACGCAUUUGGCCAGCCAGCUAGUGGCAACACAACACGGCAACAAUAUAACCUUUAGCAACAAACCACAGACGCAGCCAACACGUUUCAAUAUACCUUUACCCAUUACGAUAACCAACAAUGGCGGCAGCUUUGGACAGCUAACAACAGAGCAGCAGCAGCAGCAUCAACAACAGCAGCAGCAGCAACAUCAACAGCAGCAGCAGCAGCAUCAACAACAACCAGCCAAGCUGACACGCACGUACGGCAAUCGAGCUCGCAAUGUGCAUAAUACCAGCAACGGCAACAACAACAACAAUUCGCAGUCUAUGCGUGCGAAUCAAGUGAAUCAAAUGUAUCAGCAGUGAGGAGCUACCAAUAGCUCGUAGAAUUGUUUCAAUUUACAGCUCACUGUAAAUGGACUU